UAUUGUGGAAUUGUUACCCGCUACACACGUGUCCAAUGUCACCAAGUCCGCUGUCUGAACUUGUGAACUCGUCCUAUCGCGUAGUAACCAACCUUCUAACCAAGGGGAAACGCAGUGUACCGACGGAUAGCGUUUCUGCAUUUAUCCAGAGACUGGAGAAGUCAUUGCCAAACCACUUUUGGGAUCUACAGAGUAACCACGUAGCUGUACUGCUAUUUGCAGCUGCACGAUCAUCUAAAAGGAAUAUACCAGCCAUACGCUCGCUGUGCGCGAGAUUGCAUAAUAUAUGUGAUGAUGCGGAUCGAUCAAAAGGUGGAUAUCCCAAUUCAAAGGGACAUUUCAAUAUUGACCUAGAGACUCUAGUGGUGAUUGCAUGGUCACUAUCGCGAAUAAGCCAGGAGAAUCGUAAUAAACAAAUAAAAACAAUGGCACAUAAAUUGUCACAGUACCUCCUGGAUUGGGUUGACGGUAGCAGUACCAAAUUGGAGUCUGGGACUCUAGUUACUACGUUGCCACCGGAUGAUUACGCUAAAUUGUGUACAGCAUUCGUAUGUCUACACGAUGUUAUAGGCCGCUGCAAAGCUGCUAAUGAGGAUACCAGUGACCCAGAGCCAAGCACUAUGCAGAUGGAAGACACUAGCCUCGAUAGAGUGUCCAGUGAUUCACAUGAUAUCUACACAAUAUUUAAUAACUUUGUCACGUCAGUACUGAAAUCAUGCCGGAUAGAUACACAAGACAAUGGAACAAGCUACCUGGAGUUGUAUAUAGGCCCUAGCAUUGAUGUUAUAACGGUACUGAUGCAGCAUGGUAACGAUGUAACACUACCACUGGAGUACUUUAAUAGGUUGAUGGAGUCAUUGGACAUAUCAACUAUCCGUGGAGCAGCACUGCUUACACAAGCGUUUUCAAUACUCAUGUCACAAGUUAAACCGGCCCCGGGCUACAGCAUAGUUGCAGGAGGAUUCAAUCCAGAAACUGGGAUAGAUACACAGAAACUAAUAUUGGACGAAAUAGGCACUCGUGACCUAGGGACACUGACCACUGACCAGUUGAUCUCGUUUUUAAGUACCUGCAGCCGUAAUUCCAUACAGCACUUACGCGCCUUGGAUGCCCUAGCAGAUGCGUUUCUGCAACGCAGCCACAACCUACCACCUGUACCACAGACAGUAGAAGUACUGUCCCACCUCGCUGCUAUAUCGUACCACAACGGACCGCUACUGGAGUUGUUCGUAAGACAUGUACAGAAUAAUUUGGAUACAGCAACACCAGAACAGUUGAAUACCGUAAUUCAAUGCUGCAGAGUACUCAACUUCAAACACAGCGUACUGGACUCAUUCGAUCAAGGUGGAUAAUGGACCUGGAUACAAAGUAACGCCGUGAUAGUCCUUAAGGAUUCACGCCCACGAGUUGGAUUUCCC